GAGCCAUGGCAUGACGAGAGAGACAAAAACGGGUAACCAGCAAACAGGACAACAGGCGACAUCGACACGAUAUCGAAUGGAGAUAUUUCUGUUGUUUGGGUGGCCGUGGAAAUGGAAGGAGGGGACAAACGUCAUCCGUGACUGAGUGUGGAAUGAGAUGCCUCGACGUGGUCGAAUCUUUAUCGCCAUUUCAUAGUCUCCCAGUUUCGCCUUUCUCCAACCUCCAUUCUACCCCGUGUCCCUUUCCAGCUCCCUCCCUCUUCGUCCAUGUCUCUUGCAGAUUUUUCGGCAAAAUGGCUAACCAAAUCCGCUGAACAGCUCAUCUCUAUCAUCACCUCCAUCGUUUUCCUCGUUCUUGAUUUCCUGGACACUGUUUUUUGCCUGAUAUAUAAAUACCUUGAUGAACAUAUUGAAGGGGAUGCCCCCACGUGUUGCUGCGGAAACAGGGGUAAGCACAAGGAGAACUCGAAAGAUGAUAAGGACGAUGAAUUAUCAGAUACCUUUUACAGGAGAAAAAACUUGUUCAGGGACAUGGGUUUCCUUCGAAUUGGAAGGAAACAACUGGAAGAAUCUGAGAGAAAAUUCGGGGGAGGUAGGUGGUCGAUGAACCGUUGGUCUGAUUGUGGGUGCGAGUCGUGCCUUUCGUGGGUGAGUGAUGGUGAUCACAGACUUCAUUUUGUGGUGAAAGAGCCCUCGAUAGCUGCUGACGAGAACUGCAAGGGAAUGCCCUCUGAGAAUGUGGUUUUUUUGCAUGGGUUUCUCUGUUCUUCGUCGUUCUGGACACAAACAGUAUUCCCAAAUCUUUCUGAACAAGCAAAGCAGAAUUACCGAUUGAUUGCGGUGGAUCUGCUAGGAUUUGGUAGGAGCCCCAAGCCAAGAAAUUGUUCCUACACUUUGAGGGAUCAUGUGGGAAUGAUAGAGAAAUCUGUGGUUCACCCAUUGAAUUUAAGUUCUUUUCAUCUGGUUGCACACUCUAUGGGUUGUAUAAUUGCACUGGCUUUGGCUGCAAAGUACCCCAGGUGUGUUAAAUCCAUCACCAUUGUUGCCCCUCCAUACUUUCCUUCUGGGGGAAACGAUGCUAGUUUAAAUGCACUCACAAAACUUGCUGGCAAGAAACUGUGGCCGCCAUUGGCAUUCGGUUCUUCCUUCAUGUCGUGGUAUGAGCACUUGGGUCGAUUUGUUUGCCUCAUCUUUUGCAGAAAUCACAGGAUAUGGGAGAAAAUUAUCAAGUUCGUUACUUUCAAGAGGGAUCUUCAUUUCUUGACCAUAGACUUGACCAGGCACACCCAUCAAUCAGCUUGGAGCUCCAUGCACAAUGUGAUUUGCGGGGGCGCGAAAUUUUUGGAUAGUUACCUGGAAGUUUUGAGUGAAGCUGGGGUCAGAAUAAAUGUGAUUCGAGGUGACAGAGAUGGUGUUGUCCCGUCGGAGUGCUGCUAUAACUUGAAGCUGAAGGCUCCAAAAGCUGAGAUGAGCACCGUAAGAAAUACAGAUCAUGGCACCGUAAUUUUUGGCAGAGAGAAGGAAUUUGCUCAUUACCUGGAGGAUAUAUGGGCAUCUUGCUGAUGUAGUAAUGUACAAAUAUAAGAUGUUACUAAAAUACAGGCUCUUGGAGGAUCCGUUUAGAUAGGAAGGUUGAGAAGGCUUGCCUUGGAGGUUCCAAUAAAUUGGGAACUUGACAUAUUGUAUAAUAUUUCAAAUUUAAACCUUCUGUUUUAAAAAGAAGAAUAAGUGAAAUGAAGCAGAACAUCGAGAAAAA